UAUGUUGGCUCCUGUCAGUUCAAUGGGGGUUCUCUAAAGACGUCACCCACCUGCUGUGGGCAUUCAUAUUAAUAUGUUAAUAUCGUUAAACGCGUUAAACAGAAGCUACAAUUAAACACGCUUCCGUCACGUUACUUUUCUAUCACAGUUCUGAACAGAUUCAAAUCGCAAUCAUGAGCGGAAACGGCAUGGAAACAUUUCACGAGAAUCCAGCAAACAUGAGCACUGAAUUUGACAAUCAAAUGCAGCGGGACUUUUGUGAUCCUGCCUUUAACCGCUACGACAAGGGACCUGGCGCAGAUCUAGAUGAUGGUCAGCAACCCGGAGCUAUUGCUGCGGCUGCUGCUGCUACAACUUCAUUUCGCUGCUACGAAAACGGAAUGAGCUGCAAAGACCCCUUGGCGGUAAAAAUUCGUUUGAAAAACACCGCUGACCUUACCGAGAAUGGACUUCGGGAACUUUGCCGACCGUACGGUACGGUUAUGAACGUUUAUAAACCUAGGCAGGGCAAUGGUAAUUAUGCGUUCGUCGAGUUUGCAAAUCAAAGUGAAGCCGGCUUUGCUAUCCAAGAACUUAAUCAAAAGUUAGGAUUUAAUUUUUAUCCCGCGUUUGCGCGCGAGAAGAAAAGCGUAGCCAUCGAAGCACCCCCUCCACCAUUUGAGGCAACUUCUAACGAGAAACUUACCCAAACACUCGAAACCAAUGGCGAAGAGAGCUGGGAGACAACGUUGGCAACGCGUAGAAUCAAAACGGGCUUUUCAAUUCCACUCAAAAUCAAAUAUCCCGUACGGAAAAGUCUCGCCACGGCGCCGCAUUAUGUGCCUAGGCCGAGCACAAUUACUGCACUGUCGAGAGUGGAUGCGGAUCAGAUUUUCAACGUCGUUACGAUGGUGGAGAAUACCCAUCGACGGUCCACGAGAAUGACUGAUGCAAAAAUUCAAGAGCGGAACAAAAUAUGGCUCAAGCGAACUAGCGUACACGGCGUAACGCCAGUAGGUAAAUUUAAUGAUCGUACACUAUAUGGGUACACCAGUCUUCCGGAAGAGCAAAGUCGUCUGUUCACCGAUACCAAAUGCGUUGCGUGCGGCUAUAGAGGUUUCUUCAAUUGUAGCACCUGUGGAACGCCGUACUGUUCUAAAUAUUGUCAGCAACAGGAUUACCAAACUCAUAAAACUCUAUGUCACUUGGAAUGUGGAAGCGAAAAAAUAUAUGAGCAAGAAAAAAACCGAAAGGUCUCGUUUGAGGAUCUAGAGGAUGCUUGCUUGGUGCAGGAGGUUUUCUCAAAAGGAACCCAUGUGACAAUAGUGGCAGUAUUAAGUGCUGAUCGAGUAUUUGUUCGCGCUUUGGAAAAAGAGAGUAACAGAGAGUAUUUGCAAACGGUGAGUGACAUUGCCAAAACAGGGAUAGGGGCAGAAGAUUUGAAUGGAAUCCCACAAGCUGGCGAUAUAUGUCUAGCUUAUUACGAGCCCCUCGGAGUUUACGGAAGAGUGCUUAUUACGAACAUAUCCAAGAGGCAAGCUCAUUGUGUGUUUAUUGAAUUUGGACUGAUAAAACUAUUCGACAUACAACAUUUGAAACAAUUGAAAGAUAACAAAUUGAAGUAUAAAAAGGUUCGGAUUCAUAAGAUCCAUUUGAAAGAUAUAACCGAUGAAUAUGGUCAUAUCGAGAGAGCUAUGUCAUAUCUGAAUGAUUUAAUUGAUCAACCAUUGGAAAUGAAAUCUCAACUGGAAGGAUGCAACCAAGUGGACGCUCUGUUACGAACAGCCGAAGGCAUCAGUGUCAACAAGGAAAUCAAUCGACUUAUAACAAUCCCGACAGAGCAAGUGGCUGAAAAUUCAGAAUCCUUCGUCGAUUACAAGGAAGUUUUGCACAAGCAGCUCCCCAUCAACCAAGAGGUGGAUGUAGUUAUUCUUAAUCGUACCACUAUCAAACUGGAUUUCCGCGUGACACUUAUCGCAUACGAUGACUUGUUCUUCCUGGAGGACCUGCAGAAAAAACUUCAGAGCUACGGCAAGAAAGUGGACAAGUUUACCGAACACUACACUCCCCGGUUGAACGAAGUUUGUCUGGUCAGAAACAUGGACACUUGGUAUCGCGGGGUCUGUCUCGAGUCCGUGGGAGAUGGAAGACCAUCCGUCUUUCUCUGCGACUUUGGUUGCCUAGUGAUGGCCAAGCUGGAGGACAUUCGUAAAAUUCCAUCCAGUUUGGUGCAGGAAGUGCGGACGAACGAUGCUAAAAUUUUCGGCUUGGAGGAAGCCCAGAAAGCAGGUGUUAAUAUAGAUUCCGAGUUUUUGGACAUUUAUCUGGAAGAGAAUGAGCGAUUGACGGUUCAGACCAGUGAGGAAAUGGAAUUUAAAGAAUUCGAGGGACUGCUAACAGCACAGGAAUCAGCAAUGCUCACGGUUAUAAAGGUUCCAGAUUUGGAAGACUUUAUUGGAGACAGAGUAGACUGUGGAUAAUGAAACGAGUUACGAUAUGAAACAGAGUUUCGGUCGUGAAAUAAAGUUUAGAAUCUCGCUCAAAACAAUGCGGAUACAUUUAAUAAAUUACUUUUUGACAUGUCUCUUUAUUUGUUUGUCUUAGGUUUACGAGCACUUUCUAUGCGGAUCCCAUAUUCAUUUAUAAGAGUCACUUCUGGGGCUUACCACUCCCAUUCUGUACUUCGAUCGAUUCGAAAUAUUUCAAACGACUUGAUAAAAUUCCAUUUUGUAUUCCGUUCAAGUUGUUUUUGCAUGUCGGUCGAUUAAAUUGGCGAACCUUCGAAAUUGGGAAAGCGAAAUAAUGGGCCCUAUUAUAGAAAUCGAUUGGAUAAAAAUUUUGCUCGUUAGCUCUAUUUUACCAUUUAUAGGGCCUUACUUUAGAAAUCGAGUCGUUUAAAAUUUUGCUCGUUAGCCCUAUUUAACUAUUAUAGAUACCGAGCAGGUGGAUAGCUUGCUUGUUGCAUACCUUCAGAGAAUUAUUUUGUUGUGGUUUGCGUCCCUGAUAUUUUCCUUUGAGAAACCUUUCGGAAACGCCUAAAUAUAUGCAAUCGCAACACAUGAAGUUCGAGCUCGGUACAAGAUUAUCUCGAUUUUCAAAAUAUGAGAUUUUGCUCGGUGUGAUAGUGAUGGUGAUUGCAACAAGCGGACCAAACAAUUCGAAACAUUCUGUCAUUUGGUAUCGAUUUGCUCGAUAUCUAUGGGCCGUAUUAUAGAAAUCGAAUUGAGGAUUCGAUACAAUCACUAUCACUGUCACACCGAGUAAAAUCUGGAAUUAUAGAAAUCGAGCAAAACAGCUCGAUUCGUUACACUGCUCGAAUGUCAGCGGCGGGGCUGAAAUAUUUUGAAACAAGUUUGAAAUGUUUCACAAAGCACUAUAGAAAGGAUCCAAAGCUUUUUUUGAGACAUCUGCUAUGGAAAUUAUAAAUAUCUAUAUUUCCGAAAGUGUUGAUAUGGUUGUUUUGUCUCGAACUAUCAUAAGAACCUUCCCCGACUUUAAAAACCCCGAUCGCUUCAGUAGUUUUCGAGUCCAUAAAAAUCAGACAGAUAGGCAGACAAACUGAAAUGCAUUUUAAUAUAUAUAAAUGAGCAGAACAGCACCAAAAGCGUGAAAAAGUCCAUUGAACAUUAACAAGAAUAACUGUCAGAAGCAAGGCUCUGCAUCGAGAUGAAAAAUAGAAGGUGGGAAGAUUCACGGAUUUUGCUUGUGUUAAACUUUGAUUGUAUUAGUAGCCAGGAAGAUAAGAAGUUCACAUAUCAGGCAUAACAGUCAGUUACUCAAAUGAUACAAAAUUGAAUGUGUCAACGAAUAACGUUGAAAGAGGAUAUACAGAAAAUAAUUACAUAUUUCCAAAAAAUAUUUUUCGCGUUACAUUCAUCAUUUGAAAAAUAAACAGAACAUGUCACGAACCAAAAUGUUUCAUUU